UGGCAACAUUUCAGAGGAUGCGUCAGGAGCAGCGAAAUAUGGCCUCGAAAGCAGCCGAGUUAGAGAUGGAAUCCAAUGAACACAGCGAGGGUGGAAGUAAGAAGACCAAAGGCGCUUUUAGACCUUCAGGUGUCACCCUGCCUCUCGCCUCCAGCACCCACCCGGCGCCAACACGGCCUCAUAAGGACCGGCGUGCCUUCCAAUUCCUCUGUGAGGCCGGUCAGAGGCGCCAUGAAGAGUUGCUGGCUCAGCUGAAGUCAGUCCAGCAAGGGUUUUAGGCCCUGAUGCGUCAACGUAUAGAUCAACUGUAAGAGGCUGCAGACCCCAAUAUGAGAGGGACUACACGGCUGUGUUCCGUUUCCCAUUUCCUGACAGGCCCAGACAUCCCGGAGCUGAAACCGGCAGGAAAUCUGGCAGCUGUUGUCUAGCGUCUGUGAUCAUAAUGGCAGCCCAAGUGUUACACUGCUCCAAAGAACUGUUGAGGAAAUGCAAGAGCAGCGCCAGCAAGACCCUCAACCAAGUCCCUUCGACACCCUCCAAAGACCCUCGAACGGCCGAAUUUGUAGCAUGCCUAGUGAUUGACACCCUGAAGGACGUGGAUCCAUCCCGGAAAUGCUUCCGUCUCGUCGGCGGCGUGUUGGUGGAGAGGACGGUGAAAGAAGUUCUGCCGGCAUUGCAGACUAACAAGGACCAGAUCUCCAAAAUCCUGGAGUCCAUCAGCACCAAGAUGCAGGAGAAGGGGCGCGAACUCACAGAGUACAGAGAACGCUACAACAUUCGCCUGGUGGGCGAGGGAGAGGCGCAAGGCCAGUCGACGGAAUCCUCCAAGGAUAGCGAAGGCGGCGGCUCUAAAAGCGGCGCUGGUGUUUUGGUUUCAUAGUUCUUUUUCAAGGGCGCGGCUCUGUGGUAUCUUGCGUAUGGAAAACAAAUCUAGAUCUCAAGAUUUUGGACUGACAGCUUAAGGAUGUGACGUGCCCUACUAAAUCCGUUUUCUGAUUUGAUGGGGCUCGAAUGUCGUUUACCAGUCGCUAAGUAAUGUGGCAGCGCAAUGACUUUUGUUCUCACGAGCUGCGUUUGGAAAAGUUUUAGUUGCGCGGGCCCUCCAACGGAAUUAUCUGUAUGCAUCAUAUCGCAGAUUGAUUCAUAAACGGUAUACAGUUGCA